AGUUCAGAGGGGUUCAACGUGUCAUAGGGCCAGACACACCCACAAUGUUUUGGAUCUAUAUAGUGAUAUGCUGUUCUCUUUUGUUCUCAAUUUAUGGAGGAAAGUGACCAGUAACAGCAUGUCAUCCAUUAGCAAGCAGCUGUCUUCCAUCAGCUUUGCAGGCAGGAAGCAGUCUUCCCCCUCCACUGAGAUCAGACUGGUUUUGCUGGGGAAGACUGGCAGCGGAAAAAGCUCCACUGCCAACUCCAUCUUGGGCCGUAAGGUCUUCGACUCAAAGGUUAGCAGCUCCUCUGUCACCCAACGUCGCAGGGCCUGUGGAGAAUUUCGGGGGCGACACCUGACACUUCUAGACACUCCAGGGCUGCUGGACACUCAUCAGACGCCACAGGAGGUGCAGAUGGAGUUGAGGAGGAGUGUUAGCCUCCUGUACCCCGGACCCCAUGUGUUCCUUCUUGUUAUUCCGAUUGGGAGGUUUACUCAGGAGGAGAAGGAGGUGGUGCGGCAGAUCAAACAGGCAAUGGGUUCCCAUGCUUUGAGUUUCUCUGUAGUGGUUUUUACCCAUGGGGACCUUCUGGAAGAAGGGACAUUUGUGAAGCAUUGUCUGAUAGACGACUGCAGGGAUCUGGCCAUGCUGGUGGCCGGAUGUGGGGGCAGGUACUGUGUCUUUAACAACCAGAACGCCAAGAACAAGGAGCAGGUGUCCGAACUGCUUGCCUUAGUGGACAGCAUAAUGCAGGGAAACGGAGGAAGCUGCUACGGCAGCAAAAUGCUCCAGAAAGCAGAGGAGGAUCUGGCUCAGGAGCUGCAGGAGGAGAGGAGGCUGCUGGGUGAGGAGGAGGAGCUGUUAAAAAAGAAGCAAGAGGCAGCAAUAAAAGUGUCGUAUGAAAAAGAGCUAGACAUGGUUAAGCAAAAAAGCAAGAGGGAGAUAGAGGAGCUGAAGAAAAAGCAGCAGCUGGAGAAGGAGAAGGAGGAGAAAUUGGCAAGAGAUCGAGAGGAGGCCUUCAGACGAUGGAUGGAGGAGAAUGACAAGAAGGAGAAGGAGAGAAAGAUUCAAGAGAUGGUGAGACUGAUGGAGAUACGCAGAGAGGAAAAAGAGAUAAGGGAAGCUCUUCAAGAAAAGCUUGACAAAGUUACUAAAAUGCUGGAGAAGCAAGCUGAGCAGGACGAGAAAAUGAGAAGAGCAAUGGAGGAAAAGAUCCAAAAGCACAGAGUGGAAAAUGAAAAGAAAGAGAGAGAGAUGGAACUUCAGCAAAUACAGAAAGAGCAGGCCAUCAGGCAGAGGGAGGAAAUGAAGAGAGAAGCUUUACAGAAAGAGCUGGAUAAACUCACCCAGAGCUUGGAGGAGCAGAGCAGGAAGGAGGAGGAGAGGAAAAGGCAAAUGGAGGACCGGCUCCGACGUGAGAGGGAGGAGAACCAGAGAGAAUGGGACAUACAGAUGGAGAAUCGAAGAGCGGAGAAAAGGAGAACUGUGGCCCUCGAGCAGGAGUUAAAGCUCGUCAAAAUGAAAAUUGAGCAACAAAAAACGAGCGAAGAAAACCUCAAGAGACAGAUAGAGGAGAACCUGCGGAGGGAGAGGGAAAAGUAUGACAAAGAAAUGUCUUUGUUGACAAAGCAGUGCGACAAGAAGUGUUCAGAGCUGUGCAACGAGAUGAUAAAGAAGAAGUCUGCAGAGAAACAUAGCACAGUGACAACUGUGACUGGAUAUGUGCAGGAAAUGGGACUGGUGGGGCUGAAUGCAGCUUUAGAGAGUGUUGGAGCUCCCUGCUGUAUACAGUAACAGCAUGAAGAUUUAUUAUUUUACAUUUACUGUAUGUCAGGACAAAUACACUCAUUAUAACUGUAUCUUUUUCAUGCAUAUGGCCUUAACUACUUUACUCCUACUAACUACUAAUCAUUUGGGAAUGUAAACGUACAAUAUGUUGCGACUUUUGAAUUAUUAUUAUUACAUUCAACCAUUAACUUAAUAUUAACACAGUUAGGAAAAGAAAGGACAUUCAUGGCAAUGUGAAAGCAAUUUCAACAUGUAAUUCCAGUGUGUCCUAAAUCAGCAAAUGCACCAAAAUAGUACAAACUCUCAAAAACGAUGGAGAUAAUCUGAUUAUCAACUCCCCGCCCCCUGCUUCAGACUGUCUGUCUCUGUCUCCAUCAUCUAAAUCUGUAUUCAAACAAAACCCUGUUGCCAUUAAUAAAGAUAAAAUAUUGCUUGAGUGCUA